AUGCAUUAUUCUGGAGCCGAUGCGACCGCCGCAGACUCAGGCGUCGGCCGCGACAUGAAGCCGACACGAUGCGCCGCUUCUACCCGGUCGACCGCCGCGCAAGACCUCCAACCAUGGACCGCCACACGAUGCCAUCGACUUCUUCGCCAGCUCCAGUCGCGGCUGGCCGGGCUGCGGAAACUCACCUCCGAUGAGAAUCAUGCCCCUUUCCACGAAUCGAAACGAACGAGUCCAGCCGACAUCAAGCCGGCACCAGCGAAACGCGUCAAGUUCACAUACGGCAGCCGCAAGCGGCAUGAUGAGGCUGAUACAGAGGGUUCAGAGCCCUUGAUCCCGAGCUGUACUCCUAGAAGGCCCAUGCGCACAAUGGGAGCGAUGAAAAUGAUCAAGUCCUCCCCUGUGGCUGGCCAGGUGGACAUUCCAUCUCCUGUCUGGCGCAGAAUCAGGGAUCCGACAGACACGCCCGCGCGGAAGCACAGUAGCAACAACCAGGAGGACCACACCGAGUGCAUAUCUGGCGCGCCUGCUGGGAUUGCCUUGUCGGACGUCACGACGGACCUGUGCCAUUUGGCAGCGGACAUUGGUGCAGAAAAAUACCGAAUCUAUCAUGCCAUCCUCUGCUGGCUCAACACCUUGCUUCAAUCGACCAUGCCUCAUGGCCGAGAGCCCGCGUCGAACUCGCUUCUCGCAAUGUGUUUGCGAAAAUUUCCCAGCUGCGUUGCCGAUAUCGAGAGUUACGAACGAGACGUGGCAAAACAACAGGGACGGCAGUCGAUGUGGGACGCAUCUAAUGUGCCUUUCGAGCUAUAUGGUCAGCUCGAGAACCUGGGAUCGACCACAGGCGGGUGGCGUCCUCUGAAACUGGCGAUCAGAGCACAUGGCCUAUCGCUGCUUUGUCAAGCAGUGGCGGACGAGCUGUUCAACCCGAGAUACCUCGCGCUUCUUGUCCGGCUUUGCGUCCGACUUGGGUGCACUGAGGAGGCCCAUAAGCUUGCAACCGCGUCCAAAAUCGUCCUGCCUGAGCCACGAACCAUGAAAAGCAGUCUCACCGAAGAUAAUCACCUCCUGCCACUUCGUGAGCUGGUUGGCUCCGGAGCAAAGAAAGAGACAUCCCGAGCCGCGAUGACUUCGGUGUCGAUUCUAGCGCUGGAUAGUCGCUUGCCAACGCAGUGGCUGUCCACGCGCGUGUUUGCAAGCCUUUGGACGACGAGCCUGGAAAUGAUGGCAUCAACCGCAUCUGGCACGGCAGCCAUGGCUUUCUCUAGAACCUGUUUGCCACUGAUGAUCCUGGAUAACGACAGUGCAGCGAACAGCCAACCGAAGGCGUCAGAGCCGAUGCUUGCAAAUGUGGUUGCAGGAAUAAUGGCCACAUCGCUCAUCCUGUCCAAGGCCGUUCAGGGCGAUCAUGCGGCAUCGAGGCACCAUCGAGCCGAGCGGCGUGUUCGAUACCUUUUGGAUCUCUGCUUUCACCAGACAUGUCGUCGCAAACGUGGGCGAUCAGGACGGGAUGCUGGUGCAUUCAUGCUGGCGCUGGCACGCUACAUUGUGUCCGCAACUGGGCCUCUGGCUGGCUCGAUGUUUGCACAACAAGCUCGGAGUGAUCUCGUGGCACUGGCAGCCAAGCCGAGAAGUACUGACGGGUCGCAAUUGCUAUAUCGUCGAACCAUACUGCUGCUGUGCUCAAUUGCUCAGUACCGCAGUCGAAGCGGCGUCGUCUCCAGCAGAGAUUGCGUCGCGGAUAUAUGCGGUCAGCUGAGUGAGCUGGAGCUCGGAGACUCCUUCAACCACAGCUUGCCAAAGGACGUCGCCUUUCUUUUGGCGCAGCGAACCAAAGACUUGCGAGAUCUGGCGUUUGCAGAAAGCUUGAGCGGGACCAGUAACCCGGCCGGAAGCAGAACCAUGUUCUCCGGCUGGCGAUGGGAAGAGGGCAUCAGCGAGUGGGUUCUCCCGAGCGGCGACGCGGAAGACUUCGCGAAGGCGAAGCCACGGGAAGCCUUGAGACAAUUGCGCAACCGUUCUCGCUCCAGCAGCGUCAGUGCAGAGGCGCCAGUGGCCUUGAAGGCGAGUACGACGCGACGCAAGAGACGGAGCAAUGGUGCUGGAUCGGCCCUGUGUGCGGGGAAGGAGAACGAGGGCCGCAACUCUCCAGAUGCAGCGCUGCAGGGAGGUGAGUCGGCACCGGCGGCGAAACGUAUCCGGACGCGCCCGGUACCGUCCAGCUUGCUGCGGCUGCUGCCAUCGGAGGAUGACUGGGAUGAUUUGCUAUGA